AUGAACCUCACCCAUGCUGCUAGCAACACUUGUGACACCACCACCAAGAGCCAUUGGCAGCUCUGCCUGCCGUACAUCUCCGCCCUUGCGGCAUUGUUCCUCGCCAGCCAUGUAUUUCGGAGCUACCAGCGGCUGAGCGGCUUCCGCAGCCCGCCCUGGGCGGCCGUGUCGAGCAUCCCGCACCGCCUGGCCAUGCUCCGCGGCAAGAGCCACCUGUUCUACGCCGAGGCAAACAAGAAAUACGGCCCUAUUGCGCGCGUCGCCCCGAAUAUCCUCACAACGUCGUCGCCGCAUGUCUGGGCGCACGUCAACAACACGCCUGGGUAUAAACGCUCUGACUGGUACUACAAUGCCGUCCGCAUCGAGCACCGCAGAGACAACGUGUUUAGCCAGACCGACAAUGUUAAGCACGACAUGCGGAGGAAGCAGAUGGCGCCGGGGUACUCUGGACGCGAGAAUGCCCACCUCGAGGACUCCAUUGACGAGUGCCUCGGGCACUUCCUCUCGCUCCUGCAAACGAGCUACAUCUCGUCCAGCCAAAUGACCAUCCCGACCGACAUGGCGCGCAAAGUGCAGUUCUUCACGCUCGACGUCAUCAGCAAGAUCGGGCUCGGCACCGCGUUCGGCAUGCUGCAAGCCGACCACGACGUCGACAACUACCUGCAGUCGAGCGAGGAGGGCCUGUCCAUCGGCAACACGGCGCUGGCGCUCGGCGUCAGCUGGCUGUCGCACCUGCCGUGGCUCGGGCGGUUCAUUGCGCCCUCGCCCGACGACGGCAGCGGCUUCGGCAAGAUGAUGGCGGCGUGCUUCCGGCUCGUCGACGCGCGCGUCGCGCAGCCCGCCAGCGAGCGCUCCGACAUGCUGGCCUCGUUUAUCCGCCACGGGCUCGCCGGCCACGAGCUGCGCACCGAGGCGCUCGAGCAAAUCAUUGCCGGGUCCGACACCACCGCCACGGCUAUCCGCGCCACGCUGCUCUACGUCAUGACGAAUCCGCGCGUCCACGGCCGACUCCAGGACGAAGUCGACGAUGCGGUGCGCAGCGGGCGUGCGCCCGGCCGAGGCGAAGGGUUCAUCACGGCGGCGCAAGCUAAAAAAUUGCCGUAUCUGCAGGCGGUAAUGCGCGAAGCGACGCGGCUGAGCCCGCCCGUCGCCAACAUCUUCUCCCGCGAUGUGCCGCCGACGGGCGACACGGUCCGCGUGGAUGGCCAGGACGUCUUCCUACCCGGCGGCGCCUGCAUCGGCUAUUCUGCGUACGCGAUGCACCACAGCAAAGAAAUAUACGGCCCGGACGCGGAUGCCUUUCGUCCGGAGCGGUGGCUCGAGACGGACGAGGAGAGACUGGGCGUCAUGGUCUUUACCAAUGAGCUCGUGUUUGGCCACGGCAAGUUUCGUUGUCUGGGCCAAAAGGUUGCGCAGAUGGAAAUCAGCAAAUUCAUCUUCGAGGUCUUCCGGCACUUUGACCUGGCCAUUCUCGAUCCUACCAACCCGUGGACAAGCCACAACUGUCUCGGCCUGUUCCAGAUUUCCAACAUGUGGGUGCAGGUGACGGAGCGAAGGGAAUUUUUGAAUAGACAGGGGUAA